CUCCCAGUCUUCUGGGCACCCAGGCUCGGUAGCUCCCAGGCCCUGGCCAGUUCUUCCCACGCUCCCGGGCGUAUCAGCAGGUAACAGCCUCAUCCUGAGACAAAUGGAGGUUUGUAGGGUGAUUGAGACGCCUACAGGAAGCGGAUUAGGAUAGGGACAUUUGAGCGAGUCAUCUGCAUGCACCGGAGGAAUGAGCUCGCGGGGAGGCCAGGCCGGAAUGUGACGCCAGCUAAGGUUGGGUCCCAGCGGGGGAGGACUUGAUGCCUGCGAGGAAGGGAGAAGUUCUGUGGGCAGUAGGGAGCUGCAGCCGCUUUACAGAGAAGGCGCUUCCCCGGGCUCAGCUUCCCAUCCUUUCGGAGGAGAAUACUGAGCACCCCUUUGUGUGUUACAGAUAAGGUCACACUGCGAGCCUUGAAAACAAGAUUAUCUUCCUAUCCAAAAAGAUGAAAACAACUGGGUUACUGUCAAAAGACAACCAAGUGAACACCCCAGACUAAUGAGUAGAAUCAAUAAGAACGUGAUUUUGGCGCUUUUAACAUUGACAAGUUCUGCGUUUCUGCUGUUUCAGUUGUACUAUUACAAGCAUUAUUUGUCAGCAAAGAAUAACAGCUGUUUAUCAAAAUCUAGAGGAAGCAAGAUUGGAUUUGAUAGCACACAGUGGCGUGCAGUUAAAAAAUUUAUUACGCUAACAUCCAGCCAAAAUGUACCAGUGUUCCUUAUUGAUCCUUCUGUUCUGGAAUUGAUUAAUAAAAACUUGGAAUAUGUCAAAAAUAUUUCUCAUGGCUCCACUUCAGAAUGCAAGUUUUUCUGUGUCCCAAGAGAGUUUACUGCAUUUGCACUGCAAUAUCACCUGUGGAAGAAUGAGGAAGGUUGGUUUCGGAUAGCUGAGAAUAUGGGAUUUCAGUGCCUAAAGAUUGAGAGCAAAGAUCCUCGGCUAGAUGGGAUAGACUCACUUUCUGGAACUGAAAUCCCCCUACACUAUGUCUGUAGAUUGUCCACUCAUGCUAUCCACUUGGUAGUCUUUCAUGAGAGGAGUGGCAACUACCUCUGGCAUGGCCAUCUACGACUCAAAGGACACAUCGACAGGAAAUUUGUUCCUUUUCGAAAGCUACACUUCGGUCGUUAUCCUGGAGCUUUUGACAGGACAGAGUUACAGCAAGUUGCUGUUGAUGGACUAGAAGUUCUCAUUCCAAAAAAUCCAGUGCACUUUCUAGAAGAAAUACCACACUCUCGAUUUAUUGAGUGUAGGUAUAAAGAAGCUCGAGCAUUCUUUCAGCAGUACCUUGAUGAUAACACUGUGGAAGCUAUGUCCUUUCGGAAGAGUGCAAAGGAAUUACUUCAGCUAGCAGCCAGGACUUUAAAGAAAUUGGGAGUGCGAUUUUGGCUGAGCAGUGGAACUUGUCUAGGAUGGUAUCGGCAGUGCAAUAUUAUUCCUUAUAGCAAAGACGUCGACCUAGGAAUUUUUAUACAAGAUUACAAAUCUGAUAUUAUUUUAGCGUUUCAGGAUGCAGGACUUCCACUCAAACACAAGUUUGGGAAGGUGGAAGACAGCUUGGAACUAUCCUUCCAGGGGAAAGAUGAUGUAAAACUUGACAUUUUUUUCUUCUAUGAAGAGGUUGACCAUAUGUGGAAUGGAGGCACUCAAGCCAAAACAGGAAAAAAAUUUAAAUACCUGUUUCCCAAGUUUACACUGUGCUGGACUGAGUUUGCAGACAUGAAGGUCCGUGUGCCCUGUGAAACAAUUGAGUACAUUGAAGCCAAUUAUGGUAAGACCUGGAAGAUUCCUGUAAAGACAUGGGACUGGAAGAGCUCUCCCCCCAAUGUGCAGCCCAACGGAAUCUGGCCUAUUUCUGAAUGGGAUGAAGUUAUCCAGUUGUAUUGAGAUACUAUGUUGAAAUGGGAGAAUUUUUCUCCUCAAAAGAAGGUGGAGCUCUGUUUAAAAAGCUAGAUGACUUUUUGUCACACAUAAGUGGGAACCAAAAUAGAAAAAAAAUAACAAAUUUAAAGAUAUAGAAAGAGGCCUAGCUGUAAGCCAUAUGAUGUAAUUCUCUCAUUCAGCAUUUAUUGAGGAGUUUCUAUGUGCCAGGUAAAAUGCUAGGCUUUGUGGAGAAGCAGAGAUGAAUGAGCAAACCUUCCCUCUUUCCUGUCCCUUUGGUAAGCAUGCCAAUUUUCCUUUGUAGGAAACUCCCCCAUCCUUUGAAGAGUCAAAGUAGAAUGUGAUAUGUUCUAUCAUGGUUUUUUAAAUACUCAGUAUUGUUUAGAUUGGAAGAUGAACUCAUUAGGCAAACCCAAGGAAGGAUAUGCUGUCUAAAAAGAUUAAUCCAUUCUUGCCUGUCCUCACCAUUUAAGCUGGUAUGUUAGUGCCACCUUUUAAGAUGUGGAAUUUGAGUUAAUAAUAUUCCAGUGAUCAGAUCAGACUUUAGGUGGCAUCAAGAAAAGGUGAAGUAGAUUCAUUUUACAAGUAAUCUAAUGUGGAAUUGAUUUAGAACACAGGCAUUAUUCUAUAGGAGAAGGUGAGAACUUACUUCAAGCCUUGUCAAGGUAAGUAAAUUUCCAUGUACUUACUAUUUUCAUAUUUGAAGUAAGAAGAAAACUGACACUUGUGGGAUACUUAAAUUUCUAACUAUUGUGAGAAUUUUUUUCACUGACCUUUAAUAAGUAGUUGUUCACAAA